AUGGAAAGUAUAUUGACGCCGCCGUCUUCGUUUUGUUUUGACAAAAAUGCAUCGGACGCAAAUAACAUUCAUGACAAAUGGAUGAAGUGGAAAAGAAGUUAUGAAAUAUACAGUAAAGCGUGUGAAAUAAAUAAAAAAUCAUUGGAAAUACAGGUGAACAUUUUAUUGCACGUGGUGGGUGAGCAGUGUCGAGAAAUUUUAGAUCAACUGCCAGAGAAAUGCACGACUGUUGAAAACAUAUGGAAAAAGUUGGAUGAACAAUUCAAAACAAAAAGAAACGUAACGGUUGAACGUCAUAGAUUUUUUAUUCGUGAUCAUCGUGACAACGAAACUAUCGAGCAGUAUGUGUUUGAGUUGGGAAAAUUAGCUCAAAAUUGUGAGUUUCGUGAUUUGCACGACGAACUGAUCAAAGAUCGGCUGGUGUGUGGCGUUUCAAGUGCAGCCAUUCGUGAACGGUUAUUAACAGAGGAUGACCUGUCACUAAAAAAGGCGAUGGAUAUUUGCCGUGCUGCCGUGGCAUCCCGGACCUAUUCGGAGAAGAUUAAGCCUGAAAGAGAAGAUAUGCAUAAUGUUCAUCAAGUAAAACAAAUGCAAAAUCACAUUGCACUUGUAAAGUCGAAGAUAUCAUCGUCACGAGGACAAAUAAGAAGCCAGGUACCCGACGACGCAGCGAAGUUCGAGCGAUGGAGUGGAGGGCGCGGCGAUCGCGCGGAGUCGCGUUGCCAGCGCGCUGCUGGGCCGCGCGAGCGCCCCCUGCCGACCAGAGGCCGUGGCGCGAGCCAGUGGCGUUCGGUUGCGGGUUCGAAUAAUCAGUGUAGUUAUUGUGGAAUAGUGCAUAAAAAGUUUGAGUGCCCAGCCUAUGGCCAAAAGUGUGCGCGGUGUUUAAGGAUGAAUCAUUUUGCCCGGGUUUGUGGGGUGAAUUAUAUUGAGGACUCUGAUGAUAAGGACAGUGAGGCCUCCGGAUAGAUGGGGGUUUACGUAACUACCAGUCUGGCUCGGAAUAAGGAGCUUUACGGCGAAAAUGUGCAUAAUAUAAAAGUUAAGAAAAAUAUUAUUAUGUAUGUGGUAAAUUUGAUAUAAGUUCAAUAUUGAGUUUAAAUUCAUGGAUAAAAAAUAAGGUUAUUGAUGUAAUAAGGUUAAUGUGUUUAUUGAUUUUGUAUUUUUACACUA